CGCGCGCGCGCGUAGAGAAGAGCGAAGCUGUGGCAGGCAGUCAGUGGCGCGCUCUCGUGGCUGCCUCGCGUUGUUCAACACGAGCUGUGGAGGAGAGGAGGACGAGGAGGAGGAGUACGACAACAGGGGGAGGAAGCGCUGCCAAACUCUAAAUAUUAGUGUUUUCCUCUACUGCACUUCCUUCUUCUCUCACUCUGUCCCCCCUCCGUGCAUGAUGACGCAUUGAGUGAAGGAAGGAAAGACAGUGAUGUGACUUUCGCUACGAGCUUAUCAUUAUUAUUAUCAUUAUCAUUAUUGAGUGAUUGUGUUCGCACAGACUGGAUUAUUACUGACUGUUAUUUAUUCUCGUAAUGAUAGUGGAUUUAUCCUUGAGCAUCGGUUUUAUGUAGCGAGGUGUGGCCUCAGACAGACAGCAAACUUGGACUGGAAAAGACGAUCUUGGUUUUUCUUCCAGCCAGACAAUCUUACAUUGAUUCCUUCUUCUGGAGUACACUGGACCUUAUAAUAUAAAAUAUAUUAGUUAUCGGCUAUCGUCGCGUUGUAGAUAACCUUGGGGAGAGCCAAAGCAGAACUGAGAAAAUGGCGUCGUUUUCCCAAGACAGCUAGCGGAAACUACUCCUCACCAUGAUGCAUCAGCGGCAGCUAUCUAUCUGUUUUCGGACCGCAGCAUGGGUGACCUUGACCCUGCUGGUUGUGACGUCACUUCCCCAAUGUCAAGGCCAGCAGUCGGGUCAGGUGGAGUUCCACAUCAAGGAACAGCGUCCGUCAGGCACGAACGUGGGAAGUAUACGCGACAGGGCACGUCUGGCGGACAAAGUUCCUCGCUCGGAGCUAGAUAACCUACGGUUCGAGUUCCUCAACCCGAGCGAGCUCAAAAGGACCGCAUCAUUGUUCAGCAUCAACCAAGACAACGGGGCCGUCUACACGACGGCUAUGAUCGACCGAGAGAGCGUGUGCCAGUUUGAGAAAGACUGCAGCGCGCAGUUCGAAGUCACCGUAACAUCGUCCACCAUGACCAACUUCUUCGAAAUCGUAACCGUGAGGAUCGUAAUCGAAGACAUCAACGACAACGCGCCUCGGUUCCCAAAUGAUGAGGUAACGCUGUUUAUAUCCGAAUCAGUGAACGCGAACAGCGAGUUUCGAAUCGCUGGAGCCUCGGAUAAGGACACCGACGAAGAAAAUUCUGUCCAGAAAUACAUCAUGAAGACGGAGCAUCGAGACAUGUUCGAGCUCAAGUCGGAGAAAAAACUGGACGGGACCUGGGACCUGUCUAUCGUGACGCUACAGACGCUGGACCGGGAGAGGAUGGACCACUAUCUGCUGCACAUCAUCGCCAAGGACAACGGCAAGCCGCCCCAGUCUGGGAACGUCACCGUACACAUCAACGUCACGGACACCAACGAUAACUCGCCCAUCUUUUCCGAGAACGUCUAUGACAUCAGCGUACCGGAAAGGGCGGAGGUCGGAGCUGUGGUGGGCCAGGUGAACGCCUCGGACGCCGACAAGGGCAUGAACUCUGCCGUGACGUACCAGUUCAGCCCCACCAGGAGCUCCGGUAUGAGCAAUCUCUUCUACAUCGAUUCCCACAGUGGAGAGAUCAAGGUCAAGAGCCCGCUCCAGUACGAGGCGGGAAAAAGUUUUGAGACGAUCGUCAUCGCCAGUGACAGAGGGAACCCGCCGAGGGCCUCCCAAGCUGUGCUAAUCCUGAGUAUUCUGGAUGUGGGGAACACCGCGCCCCGGAUCAGCAUCACACCCGUGCCCAAACCGGAAGGCAGAGUUCUGCGCAUCUCGGAGGCUUCCGCCGUGAAGACCGUGGUCGCCCACGUCCGCACAGACGACCGAGACACCGGACCCAACGGAAUCGUGGACUGUCGGAGCGCCACUCAGGGGUUCAACAUGCGGCGGUUUGAGGGCAGCGGCUUCCUGGUAGAGACCAGCGAGCCACUUGACCGUGAGACGUCGGAAGAAAUCAACGUGACCAUCAUCUGCGACGAUCGCGGGUCUCCAAAACUCUCGGCUUCCGGCUCCUUCAUAAUAAGGCUCAUCGACUCCAACGAUAACGCGCCUGUGUUCACGAGGAAGAUCUACGAGGCUAACCUCACCGAGGGCAACAGGAGAGGGGAUCACGUGCUGUUUGUCAAAGCUCACGACCGAGACAUCAACGAGAACGCUGAGAUUCACUACACCAUCUCCAUGAGCACUGCAGAGUCUUCGUCAUCCUUCCUCAUUGACAGCAGGACAGGAGAGAUCACUGCAGGGGAGGAGUUUGACAGAGAGACUCUGUCACAGGUUUCCUUCAUGGUCCGUGCCGUGGACCGCGGACUGCCCCAGAGGACCGGCAUGGCGUCCGUGGUGGUAGACAUCAAGGACGUGAACGACAACUCGCCCUACUUCACCAGCUCCAUGGAGUUCCAGAUCGCCGAGAAGCUCCCGGCUAGCUCUCUCGUGGACAAACUUCUCGCCAGUGACAGAGACUCGGGGAAGAACGCCGAGGUGCAUUUUUCCAUCCCCAAAGAGUUCUUUAACCAGCCGGACUCCUCUAUCCCGUUUGUCGUGCUGCCUUCUGGAAUCAUCCGAACUGGAGACAUUCUGGAUAAGGACAAGCAGUCUUUGUAUAAGUUCCCUGUCCAGGUUACAGAUAAGGGCCAGCCCUACAGGUCAUCUACAGCGACUGUGACGAUCCGGGUCAUUGACUCGAACGAUCAUAAACCUAGAUUCACUUUCCCCACCAGAGGUAACAACACAAUCCGACUCAAACCCGAUACUGCCCCGGGCACGACCAUAGCGACACUCGAGGCUACUGAUGACGACAUAGGACGUAACGCCAGACUCAAGUACUACAUCGUGUCUGGGAACAGGGAGAACGCCUUCACCAUCCCCUUCCCCCGCUCGGGACAGAUCAUGCUGAUGAAGGACCUCACGUCUCUAGAGGCCAGCGUGUUUCAUCUCAACGUCUCCGUCCACGAUCAGGGGAUCCCCAUGCUUCAAGCCGACGAGGUGCUCAAGAUUCAGGUGGACUUCGUCAACGGGAGAGGAGUCGGAAGUCGACGAGGCGAUGAUGACGGUGGAGGGAAUUCUACCAACGGUCUUUUCGGGGACGACGAGCUAAAAUACAUCAUUAUCGCUGGCGUCGUCGGUGGUGUCACUGUCGUUAUCUCUGUUAUUAUCGUCACGGUUAUCCUCGUUAUACGCCGCCCGGACAACAACAACCGAAGUCCGACACCUGUGGGGGUUCAGGAACAAGGUGACGGGAGACACUUCGACAAACAGAUGUGGCAGAGCGUGCCAGUAGAUGACCUCACUCCCACCGACACGGAGGAGAAGAAGGUUGGAACCCUAAAAGGAGGGAUGGACGGAGGAGGUGGAGGUGGAGGAGGAGGGCGCGGAGGUGGAGGAGGGGGAGGAGGAGGAGAUCUGAAGAAGGCCAACGGAGGUAUGAACUCCAACUACAACGGUGACCUCAUGGAUCCCCCGUACGGCCGGAAACACGCCGGGCCUGAGCCCUUCCUGGCUCAACCUCAACUCUACACCUUCAAGAAGGUGAGUACUUGA